AUGUCAGCUAAAGAAGUGUGGGUUUUACUAUCAAUAUACAGUUUAAUAGUUGCAGCCUUUAUCGUAGUAAUUGUCUCAUCUGCAUCUAGUCAGAGCAAGACCACAAAACUUGAAAAAUUUGAACUAGUGGCAGGACAGCCUCUAAGAUUUCAUCUUUUAGGGGAUUUUGGUGAACUUGAUCCUUAUGAGAAAAUUUAUAAUGAGUACCCUGUCCAAGUAGUUGCCCAGAGAAUGGUAGCAAAUGCUUAUGUGAGGCCAAUCUCUAUGAUUAUCACAACUGGAGAUAAUAGAUAUCCAAAGCCAGACUCAAAAUUUGACCAGGUGAUUUACAAAUAUCUUUACCACAUCUUCAACAAAGGUGGCUUACAAAGUAAACCUUGGUUUUUAGUCCUCGGAAAUCAUGACUGUUCAAGUAAUCCUCAAUAUGAAAUAGAUGCAACCUCCCUCUACCCUAUGUGGCAUUUACCUCGAAAAUUUUAUAAUUUUACAAUUGAAAUCGACAAUAAAUAUUUAGCUGCAUUUAUUUUUAUGAAUGGAUGCUCACUGGCUCAUGACAUAAAUAAAGUAGGAGAUUUAGAGCAAUAUGAAUGGCUUGAAAAAAUCCUUAAAGAUUUAAAUAGAAAUCCAAGAGUGAAGUGAAUAUUAGUUAACAUACAUGAACCACCAUUUUCUGCAGGGAUUCAUCAUGGCGAUAACGAGCCUAUCAAAAAAUUCAUCCUUCCAUUACUUUUUAAGUAUAAUGUUGACAUCCUUAUGACAGGACAUGAACACAAUAUGCAAUAUUUUAUAUCAAGAUAUAGCAAUGAUACAAUGCCUCCCUAUGAGCCAUUGCCGAAUUCUACUUUUAAUUGCUCAAAAGAAGAGUUUGUGCCUUAUAACAGAGAAAGCUUUUGGAUUAAAGGACAAGGCUUGCAUGAAAUUGUACAAGGCGCUGGAGGAGCUGAGCUUUAUGAGCUAUGUCCAAAUAAAACGACUGAAAUGGCUGAUUUAGUGUACGGUAAUGUCCAGUUUGGGUUUUCUGAGGUGUAUAUUGAUAGCACCAUGAUAUCUGUGGAUUAUUAUGCCAUAGAUGAAGGAGACCCAGUUUAUUCUUUGAAAAUUUAUGCUAAAUAG